UCUCACAGCUAAACUGAGGACCCAAGUCUCCGGUGGGAAGGAGCCGAGUAAGGAAUCGAAGAGACAGCAAAAGAGGGAAAUCGCGACCAACAUAGCCGACGAUCUUCAAUAGGCAACAAUUUGCUAUAGAAGACAUUUGGUUUUGCUUUCAGUGUUUUCAAUCUAGAAGAACCCUUGUUUACAGGGAAGAAAUCUGUGAGGCACCGGACAAUGGAGAAAAAAGGAAGUUCAAGGCUGAAUAUUGCCAUAAUUCAUCCUGAUCUUGGAAUAGGUGGGGCUGAAAGAUUAAUUGUUGAUGCGGCUGUGGAGCUUGCAUCCCAUGGACAUAAGGUUCAUAUAUUUACAGCACACCAUGACAAGAAACGAUGUUUUGAGGAAACUCUUUCAGGUACCUUUCCAGUCACAGUAUAUGGUGCUUUCCUACCCCGGCAUAUUUUCUACCGACUCCAUGCUGUGUGUGCAUAUCUGCGCUGCAUUUUUGUUGCUCUGUGUGUGCUGUUGAUGUGGUCAUCAUUUGAUGUUAUAGUAGCAGAUCAGGUCUCUGUUGUCAUUCCUUUGCUAAAACUUAAGAAGAAAACAAAGGUUGUGUUCUAUUGUCAUUUUCCGGAUUUGUUGCUGGCUCAACACACAACUGUCCUUAGGAGGAUAUAUAGGAAACCAAUAGACUUUGUAGAAGAAACAACAACUGGAAUGGCAGAUUUGAUCCUUGUGAACAGCAAGUUUACUGCAUCAACUUUUGCGAAUACAUUCAAGCGUCUUGAUGCACGAGGAAUUCGUCCAGCCGUUCUCUACCCAGCAGUCAAUGUGGAUCAAUUUGAUAAACCCCAUGCUUUUAAGUUGAAUUUUCUCUCCAUCAAUCGCUUUGAAAGGAAAAAAAACAUAGAUUUAGCAAUUUCAGCUUUUGCUAUGCUUCGCUCUCUUGACGAGGAUGCUCUUGGAGGUCAGAAUUUUUCUGAUGCAUCAUUAACUAUUGCAGGUGGCUAUGACAAACGGCUGAGAGAGAAUGUUGAGUACUUAGAAGAACUUGAGAACUUAGCAGACAGGGAAGGGGUGUCUGAUCAGGUUAAAUUCAUCACAUCCUGCUCAACAACUGAAAGAAACGAGCUUCUCUCCCAAUGCCUAUGCGUCCUUUACACACCAAAGGAUGAGCACUUCGGCAUUGUUCCUUUGGAGGCAAUGGCAGCCCACAAACCAGUCAUUGGGUGCAACAGUGGGGGGCCAGUCGAGACGAUCAAAGAUGGGGUGACGGGUUUCCUCUGCAACCCCAUGCCACGAGAGUUCUCUUUGGCCAUGGCUAGACUGAUUUGCGAUCCCCAGAUGGCUGUGAGCAUGGGUGGAGAAGCGCGGAAGCAUGUCAGUGAAUCAUUCUCUACCAGGAUAUUCGGCCAGAGGUUAAACCGGUAUGUUAUAGAUGUUACUGAGAAGAAGAGGGAGUAGCAUGGUAGCACUGGCUGUAAGAUAUGAUCAGCUGGCCUUCACACUAGAUUUUCUGAAACAGCAAUUCCCUUCCACUAACUUAUCCUCUGUGUUUUUCCCCUGCUGCUAGAGAUGAGGGAUUCAUUACCCUUCGUAAAGGCUAUGUUUGAUUCUCAAGAAAAAAUAUAUAUUAAGAUGUUUUUUUUUUUUUU